CUUCGGAUCGGUGACAGUGCCCUCCUGUCACAGUUUGGCUGGGGACUUCCUAAAUUUUUAACGCAUUCGCCCAGCGAAGUAUCAGCCCUACUGUUGCAUAGGAGCCGCUAGCCUCUCGGCCCCGACAAGGAGUGCACUUUUCGGUGUGUGAUGGCCGCCGUGGAGGAGCAGGCCGCGCCUAGCGGAGGGUCGGCCGGAGCCAAGCUCUUUCUAGGCGGCCUUUCAUGGGACACAACGGAAGAGAAGCUGAAGGAGUACUUCUUGAAGUAUGGGGAGGUGCAAGACGUGGUGGUGAUGCGCGAUCGUCAAACCCGGAGGCCCCGUGGAUUUGGCUUCAUUACCUUUGCUGAUGCUGCGGCUGCACAAGCGGCAUGUGCGGAGCCCCACACGAUAGACGGCAGACAGAUCGACGCGAAGCCAUCCGUUCCUCAUGGUGAAGGAGGCCAACCGCCCCGCAGCAAGAAAAUUUUCGUUGGCGGACUAGCUCCCGAGACCGAUGAUGCCCAGCUCAAAGCGCAUUUUGACCAGUAUGGCGCGGUAGUGGAGGCGUUGGUCAUGGUCGACCACAACAGCGGCCGGUCUCGUGGCUUCGGCUUCGUGACGUUCGGCGAGGAGUCGUCUGUUGAGAGGGUGUUUGCGGCCGGCCAGAUGCACGAGCUGGGCGGCAAGCAGGUGGAGGUCAAGAGCGCGACCCCCAAGGGUUCGGGCCCGCAGUCAGGCCGCGGCGGCGGCCGCGGACCAGCAGCAGCCGGCGGCUACGGUGGCCGCGGGUACGCUGGCGGUCGCGGCGGCUUCGGUGGCUAUGCCGGGGGCUAUGGCGGUUAUGGAGCAGGCGGCUACGGUGCCGGGUACCCUGGAUACAGUGCCGGCUAUGGUGGCUACGGCCCAGGCUACGGCAACUACAACAUGAUGGGCUACGGCGCGGGCUACGCCGGCAUGAUGGGGUACGGCGGCUACGGCGGAUAUGGCGGCUAUGGCUACCAGGGCCACCAGGGGCCGUACAGCAACCAAGGUGGCCGCGGCGGCGGCGGUGGCGAGGCGCAGUACUAAGCAGCUGCUCUGCAGCAACACCUGGCGGCAGUUCUGGGCCUUGGUCCCUCCUGUCUGUGUGAUCGGGGGUGGUUGGAGCCCCGAGCAGCGGACGUCUAGCUGAUACCUACCUUGCACUGCUGCUGUUUGGUUACAUGGAGGGCAGCAGGCGGCUAGGCUGCCGCGCAGGGUUAUGUGUGGCGGCGGAAACCAGCAGGGCGCGUCUCAGCCGGUGCAGCGGUACGGGGCAGGCAGAGUGCGGAGUGUGCUGGCAGCGUCCGGCCGGCACAUCCACACGUACUAUAUGUUGGGAAGGCGGUGGCGUGCAGGGGCACGGCUUGUGUUCCCUGCAGUUGCAGUUGCUGUGGCUCCCAUAACAUCAAAUUCUUUUGGUCCUUUCAUGGUCCUUUCGUUUCGUAUCAAGGAUGGGCUUCAGGGGGCUUUGCAUUUUCAUAAAGCGCUGGGCAGGUGGCCAAAGGCGCAGCUGGGGCCCCAGGAGUUGCCGGGCAUGAGCCUUGGGCGCUUGUUGAGGGACGCUUACGUGCUCGGUGUGCUGUCUGCACUGUUGUCUUUGAGGGGGUGCACGGCACGGAAUGGGUGCAUGACUGGGUAGCGCGGCAGCUGGGGCUUCGUGCCGCUUGGGCUUGGGAUUGAUGCUGCCACUUGCCGUCAUGAGGGGCUGAAAGUCUGGCAAGGAUUGGGAUCAGCGUGGGUGGCUGUUGCUGCGAGCCCCGGCGUGACUCACCUGCCUCGUAUGUAUUGGCCCCUGCCUGGGUGGUGUGCUGCGUUGGGCACACAUUCCGGGCGGGGGCCCGCCCGUGGGUGCGACCACAUGGCAGCUGCCCGUGCCACGGUUGUGCGCGGGAGGCUGUCCCGCAGAGCUUGGGCAUUGUGGCUUCGUCUCCCAAUUGUCUUGUGACACUCAUGCGGUUCCAUGAGGGUCAAGUC